UAUUUAUAUUUGAUCUAUACUUAUAACUCAAAUACACUCAAUUAAUAUUAUAUAAUGGUUUUCGGAUUCGGUGACGACAAAAAGCACAAGAGCGACAACAGCGACGACUCUUACGGUAACCAAGGUGGUAACCAAGGUGGAUAUGGUGGUUCCAACGAUGAUUCCUACGGAAACCAAGGUGGUAACCAAUCCUCUGGUUUCGGUGGUUCAAACGACGAUUCUUAUGGUAACCAAGGUGGUAACCAAGGUGGAUUUGGUGGUAACCAAUCCUCUGGUUUCGGUGGUUCUAACGACGACUCCUACGGUAACCAAGGUGGUAACCAAGGUGGUAACCAAGGUGGUUUCGGUGGUUCUAGUGAUUCUUACGGUAACCAAGGUGGUAACCAAGGUGGUUUUGGUGGUUCUAACGAUGAUUCCUAUGGUAACCAAGGUGGAAACCAAGGUGGUUUCGGUGGUUCCAACGAUAACUCCUACGGUAACCAAGGUGGUAACCAAGGUGGAUACGGUGGUAACAACAACGAUAACUAUUAA